UGUUGCUUCUGCAGCUAUAAACGAAGUUGCUGAAGAACGCAAGCGCCCGUGCAAUUACAAUGCAAUCUUUAUAAUUUUUUUUAUUAAAUCAACUUUUUAGUCUUAUCCCUGUAAAGUGAUGCCAAAAGUGCGGUCGGCAGAGAAUACUUACAAUAACUAUCGUAGUGUUUAGGCAAAUAAGCGAUGCCUUGUGCUGCGUAUGUAGUAAAAGGCGGUAGAAUUCGCUACUUAGAAAAGAAUGUCAAUCAUUUACGCCGUAAACUUUCAGCACAAGCGUUGUACGAGAAAUUCAAUCACAUACCAAGUCGUGGUUGUUAAGACUGAAGAAGCAAGCAGUUUAACAAGAGGAGGAGACGAUGAAUUGCCACUGUGUGGAAAACAAGCGGAUUCCUAUUUUGCAGUUUCUGGAUUUGGAAGAUUCGCGGAGUUAGCAUCGCUACCCACGACAGCCGAACUAACAGUGAUACCAUCGCAACGUGCUGAUGCGAAAAAUGAAAUGCGAGAACUGCGAAUGCUGUUGCAACCGUUGGUGAAUGCAUCGAGCGAGGAUAAUAAACAUGUCCAGAAGUAUUACGGCGUCAGUUAUACAUCCGGGACACCGGGAUUAACCACGUGCUACAUUUUAACCGAAGAGUGUGAAGGAUUGCCGCUGGAUGAAUCAGCGCAUGGCAAACAACCCACUGAUUACAAAGUCGUACGAUAUGCAGCACAGAUACUAGACGGUCUGCAGUUUCUUCACGACCAACAGAUUAUCCAUCUAGUCUAGAUAUUAAAGCAGCGAACAUUGUUGUCGCUUCAAACGGAGAAACGCUGAAGAUCACUGGUCUGACGAUGGCUAAACACUUCAGCGGAUCAUCCACACCUCCACGACUUAUCGAGAAUGCGACAGGCACGGUGCCGUUUGUUUCGCCCGAGAUGGCAGCACUGUCGGACGCCUCGCAGAAUCAUACAACACACGUUGGCCGGAAAACCGAUAUUUGGAGCUUUGGCUGGGUCAUUGUCCACAUGAUAGAAAAAGGUCGCCCUCCUCGUUUAAGUGGUUAGGAGGACGAGAGUGAGGACGGGCAAAAGCCGCCAGCGAAUUUCAAGGAAAUACACCGCUACUUCACAGUAGGUUGCCGACCAUGCUACACACUAGAGAAGAGUAGUCUUUUAGGACCAAUUAUCAAGGCCUGCUUUGCUUCCGACCAGAAGAAGCGGUCCUCUGCUGCGCAGCUCAUCAGUCGUCUUCAGGAACUAUACUACUUUCUCUUUUGCAAAAUUACACCAAAAUUUAAACUUAUGGAAGUGCAGCGGUUUAAAGUGGAACGUUAUCAGCUUGACCGGGUGAUCGAAAAACCAGACCAAGAACAACAUACUGAGUCUUCCGAUGCAAAAAUUAUUCUUACCGAGAGCGACGGCAAGGAGGAUGAACUGCUACGAAAGCUGACGCUUCCGGAAAUGGUCGGAAACAGCAAUCCACCCGGUUGGGCUUCUGUUAUAUCGUCGGCUAAAGAAGGUGACCUGCAACAGAGAGUAGUGCUUGAAAACAAACAUAAAGUAUUCCAACUGCUUAUUGAAGAAAUUGCGCCGCAAACCAAAAACAUUAUACGUCAUUAUGAAGUGAAACCGGAGAACCCGACGACCGAUUUGCGAAUAUUCACGGAAAACGAAGGCGCGUACACUAUUCUGUCGGACAUGUUAGUGACGCGACAAUUUAAAACCGUCUUGAUUCCUGACUUCACUGGUCAGAUACUGAAUGGACUAACAGUGCUAAAUCAGUACGGCAUUGUGCAUAAGGAUAUCCGCUGUUCUAACAUCCUGGUGGAUAAAAUCACCAAUAUCGUAAAGAUCGCCCAUUUCGAAAAAGCAUCAUACCAUCGUUGGGAUUCCAAUUUGGGAACGUCCAUCCAGUAUCCGGAAGGGUCGUCGCGCUUUGCUUCCAAGGAAAUGCAGCAACUGCUGGCGUUUGAUACCAUCAGCGGCCCGGCUGCAGUUGGACCGGCGACGGAUGUGUUCAGUUUGGGCUGUGCGGUGAUUGAAAUGUAUACACGAAAACCUCCCGAGUGGGUGUACGAAGAAAAUGGAAAACGGAAAGAGUACAGCUUUGCUCAGAGUGAGACGACCGAAGUGGAUUUCGUUCGACACAUGCACGCACUAUGGAAGCGCCAGGCUAUGCCGGAUGACAGCCGCAUUGUCGAUGCAAAACAGCCCGAAAUGGCAGUAAAGGCGCGAGCCUUUGUCGCGCUCUGUUUUGGGCCGGCUAGGGGACGAUCCUGCGAAUCGUUAAAGUUUCAUUCGUUUCUUAACCCCACCUUAUGAGCACUAAGGUCUAUCUGUUAUCCGACCUAAAAGGCUUGUGCAGCGAGACUACCAGCGCCUGA